UAUGGUAACAGAAUUUUUAUAUUUUCUAUUGGUACCACUGACACUUUUAACCACAAAAUUUUAAAAAUAUUUUCCGUAAAUAAUGAAAUUCCUCUUAGAUUUUAAGGAAAAUCUUUAUUAUUUGUUGUUCCCCACACCAAAAUAUGCCGAAUACAUCUCCGAAGAAGCCCUGGAGGAAAAUAUUGUACGAUAAACAGGACUACCCAGACAACUAUGUUGACCCAGCCGUUUUCUUGAAAGAACUUAAAAGAAACACCCAACUAAAGAAAAUAACACUUUGGGAAGCGUAUCUAGGAGCUAACUUAUUCCUCCAGGAAUUCACUGUUGUCGUACUUUUCCUCAUAAUUUAUUAUUACAUCGUCAGUAAAUUGGUUCGACCAUGGUUCAUACUACACGCUACAAAUAGUGUUAGUUUAGUUGGUUUUCUGUUCUAUCGACUUAAAAAUAGAUGUAAUACCAUAAAGGAGACUGUAGGCCGUGAUGUUCGCACAAUUCUGACUUUUGUAGUGUUUGGACAACUAUUUUCGCCAGUGCUUCACACACUCACAGACACUAUCAGUACGGACACUAUCUAUACAACGACGUUCUUCAUGAUGUUGGUGCAUUUAAUCUUUUUUGACUAUGGUGUCAGUGCGGCACUAGUAUCAAACAGUUUAUCCCUGAGUGCUGCAAUGUUUGCUUCAAUUUGUUUGGCCUCAAGACUGUCUUCGGCAAACGAGGCUUUUGUAUUUUUGACUAUUUCUACGCAGGCCUUUGUCCUGUUUCCUAUACUGAGAAAGCAAAUCGGUAAUUCUGUGAUAUUAACUGUAAUUUUAGUUUUAGCGGAACUGUAUUUCUUACUUGAAAUAUCGUUGUCUAUAUCAGUUUUAUACUUUUUGGCCUUAAUAUUUAUAGAAACUUGUCCAGUUUUAUUUGUAGUUUGUCACAAAUAUAGGGAUAAUAUACAUGGACCCUGGGAUGAAGCAGUUGUUAAUGUAAAAUUUAAAUAAAAUCCAUAUCAAAAAUUUUCUUUAUCUUCCACUUUUUGAAUAUAAAAAUAAACAAUCUAAUGAUCAAUAAAACUACAGAAACAUCUAUUAUACUGAGAGCCAUUUAUUUGGUGACAAAAAAACGAAACUAAAAAUACAGUCAACUUUAAAAAACAAGAGAAAAGAAAAUGAUCAACUCAAAACAUUCUGACAAUAAUGAAUAUAUUUACGGAAAGGCACAAUUAUAUAAAAUUAUUUAAUUAUUAUUAUUAUUGUACAAGUCGAGCCUACUAACUACGAAUUUUGCGUUGGUGGUGGUGAUCUUGCGAGCAGCUCGUACAAGACAUCGACAUCCUGUGAUUGAUAAACAAGAAUUGAAUGUGGUGGUGCAUAGACGCCAUGAUAUAUCGGUGGUA